CGAUCGCUCUCUCUCUCUGGUGAAAUAUAACUCGAGAGACGAUAGUUGUUGGUUCGUUCGACUUUCGAAAUCGUUCAUUGUUUGUUCUGUUACUUACGAGAUAUCACUUGUUGUCAGCUAACAAUCGUAAACGUAGUAAAUAAAAAAAUAAACGAGAAACAGUAUUGUAUUUAUUGUUGCAGAAUAAAAGUACGAUACUUAAAUUUAUCUGAUAUACGAUUAAUUAGGACACAUUAUUCGUGUCUAUUAAAAUUGUUAUUUAUUUAUAUCGUAUUCUCUCCGUGCUUUGCCAGUGUGCAGACAUGGCCUUCUCUAUAUAUCGUUCUUCAAAAAUUGUGCAGCAGAGAUUACAACAGGUCUUCCUUCAUCGUGCUUAUUCAGAUGCCAAAUAUCCAAAGAUUACAACUCAUUAUACGAUAGUACCCAGGGAAAAAGAUUCAAGAUGGAAAGAUGUGAAUAUGGAAAGAUUUGUAGAUGAGACUGAUAUAUUAAUUGUCGGUGGAGGUCCAGCAGGAAUGUCAGCUGCAAUACAAGCUCGAAGAUUAGCAGAAAAGCAUGGAAAAGAACUUAGGGUUACUUUAGUAGAGAAGGCUGCAACUGUAGGAGGACAUAUUCUUAGCGGUGCUUGUUUAGAUCCAAUUGCUUUGAUGGAAUUAUUUCCAAAUUGGAAGGAAUUAGGUGCGCCUUUACAUACACCAGUUACAAAGGAUAAAUUUGCUUUUCUUACUGAAAAGGGAAGAAUAUCGAUACCUAUUUUAAAGGGUAUGCCAAUGUAUAAUCAUGGAAAUUAUAUAGUUAGAUUAGGCCAUGUUGUAUCAUGGCUAGGGGAACAAGCUGAAGCUGCAGGAGUAGAAAUAUAUCCUGGUUAUGCAGGUUCAGAAAUUUUAUACCAUGAAGAUGGUUCUGUUAAAGGAGUAGCAACGAAUGAUGUUGGAAUUGCUAAAGAUGGUUCUCCAAAGGAAACUUUUGAAAGAGGUAUGGAGUUACAUGCAAAGUGUACGAUCUUUGCAGAAGGUUGUCAUGGCCAUCUUACUAAACAACUUUCUAAGAAAUUAAAUCUAAGAGAAAAUUGUGAACCACAAAGUUAUGGUAUAGGAUUAAAAGAAAUAUGGGAGAUUGAUCCUAAGAAACAUAAACCUGGUACGGUAGAACAUACCGUUGGUUGGCCAUUGAAUAAAAAUACAUAUGGUGGUUCAUUUUUAUAUCAUCUCAAUGAAGAAACACCGCUUGUUGCAGUUGGUUUUGUUGUUGGAUUAGAUUAUUCCAAUCCUUAUUUGCAUCCAUUUAAAGAAUUUCAAAGAUUCAAACAACAUCCUAGUAUUAGGCCAACUUUUGAAGGAGGAAAGAGGAUAGCUUAUGGCGCAAGAGCAUUAGUAGAAGGAGGAUUUCAAUCCAUUCCAAAGCUUCAAUUUCCUGGUGGUUGUCUCAUAGGCUGUACGGCAGGCUUUCUUAAUGUUCCUAAAAUUAAAGGAACUCACAAUGCUAUGAAAAGUGGUAUGUUGGCUGCAGAGAGCGCUGUGGAAGCAAUUAUUGAAGCUGAAACAAAUUCUUCCCCAACCAAAGGUCUUGAACCGAAAACAUAUUCUGACAAAAUAAAAAAUAGUUGGAUAUACAAAGAAUUAAAGGCUGUUAGAAAUAUGAGACCAAGUUUUCACACGAAUCUUGGCCUUUACGGAGGAAUAAUGUAUUCUGGAUUUUCUAUGUUGACCGGUGGAAGAGAACCUUGGACAUUCUCUCAUGGAGGACCUGAUUAUUCAAAAUUAAAACCUGCAUCUAAAUGUACACCAAUUGAAUAUCCUAAACCAGAUAAUGAGGUAUCAUUCGAUUUGUUAUCGUCAGUCGCUCUUACCGGAACAAAUCACGAAGCAGAUCAACCAGCUCAUUUGACACUAUCGGACGAUACUAUACCAGUAAAGAAAAAUUUAACGAUUUACGAUGGCCCUGAAGGUCGAUUUUGUCCCGCUGGUGUGUACGAGUUCGUUCCAAUGGAAAGUGGCGAUGGCGAGAGGCUGCAGAUCAAUGCACAAAAUUGCAUUCAUUGCAAAACCUGCGAUAUCAAAGACCCCAGUCAAAAUAUUAAUUGGGUUGUACCAGAGGGUGGUGGUGGUCCAGCAUAUAACGGAAUGUGAAUGACCGAUCGAUAUUAUAGAAACCAUAUUCCAUUCGCGGAUUAACGUUUAUAUAUUGAUUUUUAUAAAAUGCGUUAAAUUACUGUUAAAA